GGCCAUGCAUGGAUCCGAGAUGCUUUGUGAAUCCUCUGAAUAAGCAUUGGCUCCUACAAUUGCUUAAAAGGUGUUGUUUAAGGCAGGCUUUACAUACAGCUCGUUCUUCAACCAGUGUUCUUCUAAUUUUCUAGGCCUGUACCGCUUAAUCAUAUAACACACAGUUACGCGGCCUUCUCUUCUCAACUAUCAACCAGCCCUAGAGCUACUGGAGUCAUGCCUGCCCUUCGCAAUGUUCAUCGUGUCUCGUUCAGAUAUCUCCAAUCCCAUCCUCGUCCCCUCACGCGCACCUUCUCUGUCCUCCCACGCCUCUUAAGUCCGCCAUCUCAAGCGCGUCAACCACCGCCUGCACCCGAUGCCGAAAGUGCAGCACUCAAGAGUGGUCAGCCCUCAACAUAUCUAGGUACCAGAAAACGUCUACCCGAAUUCAGUUUGGUCGAUAAAGUGGUGUGUGUUUCUGGGGCAGGUAGAGGAUUGGGGUUGGUACAAGCGGAAGCAUUAUUGGAGGCCGGUGCUAAAGUAUAUGCCCUUGACCGUCUCGACACCCCCUCUCCGGAUUUCGAUCGCAUCGCACAGCGCGCAAAGGAAGAACUCGGUACAUCGCUCUCAUAUCGCCGCAUCGACGUACGAGAUGUCGAGGGCCUCAAUUCUAUAGUUGAGGAGAUUGCUCAGAAAGAGGGACGAAUGGAUGGCCUGAUAGCAGCAGCUGGAAUUCAACAAGAAACUCCAGCUCUAGAAUACUCAGCAGAAGAUGUUGAUCUAAUGAUGAGCGUUAACGUAACCGGUGUUUUUAUGACAGCACAGGCGGUGGCAAAACAAAUGGUGAAAUUCGGUAACGGGGGAAGCAUAGUGCUUAUUGCCAGCAUGAGUGGAACUGUUGCCAAUCGAGGCCUCAUAUGUCCAGCUUACAAUGCAUCGAAAUCCGCAGUUCUACAGCUGGCGCGAAAUUUGGCUAGCGAAUGGGGUGAACACAGUAUCCGAGUCAAUACCAUUUCUCCGGGUUAUAUAGUGACAGCCAUGGUAGAGGAACUCUUCAAGAAAUUCCCAGAGAGGAGGACAGACUGGCCCAAACAGAAUAUGUUGGGGAGAUUGAGUGCCCCAGAAGAAUACCGAGGGGCGGCGGUGUUUUUGGUUAGUGAUGCUAGUAGCUUCAUGACUGGCGCGGAUCUGAGGAUGGAUGGCGGACAUGCAAGUUGGUAGAAAUACUUUGAAAUUUGAGGUUGUUGCGAUUAGCACGAGGAGCAGGGAGUUCUGAGAUGAGCGUUGCAGCGUUGCAUUGAUCUUAAAGAAAUGACAUAUACACAUAGUGCCAAGCUUUUAUUCCCAGUGACUAGAAUUCAUAUUGACCA